GACGUCUUAGUGGAAAUGUACUCAUCUCACUCCUCCCCGUCAACGUCACUUUUAAAACAUAAACGUGUGGUCGCUGGAUGAACAAUUACAGAACUUCCCACAGCUCUUGAAGGCAGCAGCCAUCGUAUCCUAAUUAAAGUCAGAUUGUAACGGCGAGGAGGGGCUUCCACUUCUGCUUCCCGAGACCCUGUCGCAGUCUUCCUCCCAGAUGGACGACUGGAGACAUUCCUGUGAGAUCUUCGCGGAUCUCCCUUUUAAGAUGGAGUCCUCUUGCCUGGACCUGGCUCUCGAAGGCGAGCGACUCUGUAAGGCGGGUAACUAUCGUGCAGGUGUCUCCUUUUUUGAAUCUGCCAUACAAAUUGGAACAGAGGAUUUACAAAUUCUCAGCGCCAUAUAUAGCCAACUGGGGAAUGCUUACUUUCACCUCCAAGAAUAUAAUAAGGCCCUGGAGUAUCAUCGACAUGACCUCACUCUAACCAGAACCAUUGGAGAUGAACUUGGAGAAGCUAAAGCCAGCGGAAAUCUUGGAAACACUUUAAAGGUUUUACGACGAUAUAAUGAAGCUGUGGUUUGUUGCCAAAGGCAUUUGGAUAUCACAAGAGCUGUGUUUGAUAAGGUUGGGCAAGCUCGAGCUCUGUAUAAUUUCGGAAACAUUUACCACGCCAAGGGCAAGAGCAUCUGCUGGAGUGGGACGGAGCCAGGAGAGUUUCCAGAGGAGGCGAGAAUCGCCUUUAGGAAAGCUGCACAGUUCUAUGAAGCCAAUUUGUCGCUGGUGAAUGAGUUGGGUGAUCGUGCAGCUCAGGGUCGUACCUAUGGGAAUCUGGGGAACACCUACUAUCUCCUGGGUGACUUCGAAAGAGCUGUCACUGCUCAUGAAAAGCGGCUUCUUAUUGCCAAAGAGUUUGGUGAUAAAUCUGCAGAGCGGAGGGCUCACUGCAACCUCGGGAACGCAUACAUAUUCCUGGGCCAGUUUGAAAUGGCUGCUAAUCAUUACAAGAAGACUCUGCAGCUGGCCCGACUGUUUAAGGACAAAGCAGUGGAGGCUCAGGCAUGCUACAGCCUGGGCAACACCUACACACUGCUGCAAGACUAUGAGAGAGCCAUAGACUUUCACCUCAAACAUCUGGUCAUCGCUCAGGACCUUAAUGACCGAGUGGGAGAAGGAAGAGCGUACUGGAGCUUAGGAAAUGCCCACACCGCCCUGGGGAAUCAUGAGCGCGCUAUGUUCUUCGCUGAAAAACAUCUGGAAAUUGCCAAAGAGACUGGAGAUAAGAGCAGCGAGAUGACCGCCAGGAUGAACUUAUCCGAUUUGCGGAUCGUUGUUAACCUGAAGGCAAACUCCGGCCUGAAUCACAUGUUCAGCAACAGCAACACCAACAGCUCUGGUGUGGCAGACAACAUUCAGGGUUACAUCAACCUGCCAGGAUGCAAGUCAUCUUUGAGGAGAAAAGAGAGUCCAGAAAACGUGGAGCGUAGUCAGAGUCCUCUUAAAACUGAAAAAGUCGAGCCACAUCAGGACUGGGAUGAGCAUCUGUUCACCGGCUCAUCAAAAAACAACACAAUCAUGGCAUCUACCAAGCAUUUCUUCUUCCACCGCCUGAGAAGCAAGAAGUAUAAGGACGGCAAAUCUAAAGAGCAUUUGGAAAACUUCAGUGAGCACCCGGCCUCCGAGGAAGACUCGCCUCUGUCUAAGUCAACGCCCCACGAUACCAUAGGAGAGGACACCUUUUUCGACCUCCUCUCCCGUUUCCAGGGAAACCGAAUGGACGACCAAAGGUGUACACUGGAUGGCUUGAACCGUUCCUCUGCCCAACCCUCCCCUACCUCUUCCUUACCUGUAGCUGAGGAGAAAUGUAUUUCAAAGCACGAAACUCCAUCACAGGAUCCUGGUCAUUUCCUGGAGCUGCUGGCCAGCUCCCAGGCCCAUCGUCUGGACGACCAACGAGUCAGCCUCAACCAGUUGCCUGGCUUGCGUCUCAGCAUCUGCAACCCGCCUCAUAUGCCCUCCGCCUCCAGCAAAGACCAAGCCCCAUCUCAAGUCCUAAUCUCCAGUGCAGAUACUCCUCGCGCACCCUCCCUGUACAGCCAUCUCGAGGACAACGCUGACGGGCCAGAGGGAGAUGAAGUCUUCUUCGACAUGCUCGUGAAGUGCCAGGGCUCCAGGCUGAACGAUCAGCGGUGCCCUGCUCCAACUUCUAAAGCUAAGGGCCCAACUGUCCCAAACGAGGACUUCUUCAGUCUCAUCUUGCGCUCCCAGUCCAACCGGAUGGAAGAGCAGCGGGUCGCCGCUCCACCCAGAGUCUCUCAGAGCAAACCGGGCUGACGACAGGCAGAGAUCCCAUGAAGUGGCUCAGCUCAUGCCUUUUCAGUUGUCAUGACAACAUUCCUGAAAGUCGGUUUGGAUGAAAAAAAUCUCAUGAAGGAGUCAAGAUUUCAGAAAUGGCUAAAAGGAAACACAUUUUUUAUUUUUUUGAAGUAUUUUCUUUUUUUAGGUGGCCUUCAUUUUGAGUCAAACUGGCUUUAAUCAGCUGGACUUCCUGGUGAUUCCCGCUCACUCUGGAGGAUUACACCAAAACAAUUCAUUGAGACGCCACAGACUAAGUCAAAAUAUAAUCUAUUUUUUAUUUACAGACAGAAUAUUUUGUGAGCCUUCAGUUUUUGACAGCAUACUUGAAAGGAGCAUGGCCCACCUCGCACAUUUUCCAGUUUGAUUUGAGACGGCUGCCCUGGGAUCGGUCCAGUGGCUCAAACUGGAGGAAAAUGGAGGCCAAAAUGCUGUGACGCUGCUGGGCAGUGGAGCCAUUUACAGCACAUCACUUUAUGAUUUUCAGUUUCACUGACUGUCAAAGAUUGUAUGAGUUAUCAUAUUACUACAAAAUGAAAGACUUUUAUGUAUUGUAACAAACUUAAAGGUUAACCAGUGUAAUGAUGGGGAAAAUGGAUUUUAUACUGAUUCCUUCUCCUCACAACGGAGAAAUAAAAUCUUAUUCAAUUUA